UGUUUAGUGCCACUUUCAUUUUUAUGCACGUUAUAAUCUGCUCGGUAGUAACCAAAUAAGGUAGCGCUUUUUACCAAAUGAAUACUAAUUAGGUUAAUUGUAUGUGAAGAAGGCAUACAUUGUCUUUCCGUACGCUAACGCACUGAUGUAGUCAUAGUACUUUGAUGUUUCUCAUUAGAUUUUCACCAACUUGUUUUCAUUUUUUAUAAUAACUAAACAAUGAAGAAAAGAACUGUUAAUAUAUUAAAUAUAAAAAUAUGAUAAGUUGUGGGCGUUACGUCUGUGUGACAUUUCUAAUGCUAAAUAUACUAAAUUAAAGAUCAUUCUGCAGAAUUGUGGUAGGUAGGCUAGUCCAUAGAUUUUAUUUGUUUAAAUGAAGUUGUAAAUAGUUAAAACCAUCAAGUUGCAGGUAUCAUAUACAUUACAUAUGUGGUAGAGAGUUUACUUGUUAACACAUUUUGCUAGAUCAAUAUACACUUAAUGUAUAAAGAUACUAAUAAUUUUAGAGUUGUAUUUAGUUUUCUAGUUUCUUAACAGUUAGUAUCUCAUUCUUUCUUAGUUGCGAGUAACUUCUUUUCGGUUAAUACCAACGUCAUAAAUUUGUUUCUCUAGUUGAAUAUUGUUUUCUCACUACGCAGUUACCCGGGACACAUUAUUCAUGUUCCAGACUAUGAACCAAACAUAUUGUGUGAAGACUGAUGAUACUACCCAGUUGUUCUAGUCUGAAACAAGUGAAGUGGGAUUCGAUCCGAACCGACGCCCUGAAAACCAUGUGCUGAAGCCAAUCCACCACACUUUCACCUGGCUAAAUAUUGGUUAUAUUCUUUCUACCUUUACGUGUUUAAAGUUGAUUACUAUGCAAAAACUACCUAGUUGAAGUAUCUAUGGAUGUAAAGAAUCCUAACGAACGCCCUCAUGUAUCCAGUCAAACAAGUUCUGCUCAGUCAAAAGUCAACGACAAAACGGCGUCUCAUAAAUUACCUGAAUCUUCUGAGUCAAAGAAGAAGCUCAGUUCACUGACAUCAAAAGAUGAACCUACUAAGUCUGAUUCAAAUGCGAAACCAAGUUCAACGGAUCAUGUUAAGGUUUCUGACACCUCUGGGGUUGCAGGGUCUACACUAGCAUCUGCACAAAAAUCUGAUGAAAAAGUGACCGAUACUUCUAAAACCCGAAAUCUUGAUAAAUCUUCACAUAAUCCACCUAAGUCAAACAAGGAGAACACUGUAGAAAAACCCGUUCCAAACAGUGACGCCCCCACUGAAGGUCAGUUCACUCGCAUAUUGGUCGAGAAGCUAACUAAAAAUAUAACAAGAGCCCAUAUUCAAGAAAUAUUCUCUGUAUGGGGUGAAAUUCAUUCGGUUGAUCUCCCACCAGAUCGUAUUCAUCCAGAAUUCAAUCGAGGAUAUGGCUAUGUUGAGUAUGUUGAUGCUAAAUCAGCCAAUGAUGCAGUUAAUUUUAUGAAUGGAGGACAAAUAGAUGGACAAGAGGUUAGAGUUUCUGAAGUUUAUUCGCGUCCAUCACAUACAAGCGAUCGUGGAGGCCGAUCGGAUGACCGAACAAGCUAUCACAAAAGUAGACAUGAUUCAUCUAGACAUGGUCGUGAAAGGUCACGUAAUCGUGAUGAGCAUUCUUCUAAAGGAUUAAAUGAUUCCAUUGAGCACAAUCGCAUUAAAGAAGAUUCUACUAAAAAACAUUCGUCUAGCAAUCAUUCACGGACUCAUGACAGACAAGAUCGUUCGCGGAUACAUGAACGCAUGGAAGAUCGUGAACGUAUUAAAGAACGUGAACGUGAACGGCCACGAGGUGGUCGCUCAGAUGGUAUGGACAAAGCAAAAACAACAAGACGUGGAAGUAGUGGCAGCCCAUUUGCAAAUCGUUCAACUGACCGCCCUCGCUCUCCUCCUGCUAGUUCGCGUUAUCGUAGACCUAGUCCUCCAGGUGCUCGAACAUCGGCAAAGCGACCUAGGUCUCAAAGUCCUAAACAAAAAUCACAGUUAGGAUCAAGUCGAGAUGUAAAGACUUCAAAUACUAGUCAUCAUGAUAGAAAAGCCUCAUCCCGUUCAUCAUCCUCAUCUUCUUCUAAUUCAGGAUCAUCAUCUUCCUCAUCAAGUUCUGGUUCUGGUUCCAGCUCAUCUUCAAGUUCGAGUAGUUCUCGUUCUUAACUACGAUGUUUGUUUUAUAUCAUGAAACAAUAAUGUAGUAAAUGUGCUGUCUAUACAAAUGUCUGCAUUUUUGUUGUACGUUUAUAAUCAUAUAACUUGGCAACAUUUUAUUCCCUUUGUCUUACAACAUUAAAAUUUUAUUUUGGAUUCACUUUCGCUUUUAUUAUCUGAAAUCAGAUAUUUGUCUAUUAGCAGAAUAUUUACAAAGUAGAAUUUAAGUUCAUUUUCUGUAUUCUUCUUUAAGUCAUCGGACUAUUGUAUUUCAGAACUUAUUUGUUUCCUUAACUUUUGUCAAAUGUAAGUCUAAGCAUGAGUUAUACUUCAUCAUCGUUUACUUUCAUGCAUCACUUACAGUGAAUGAAGGAAAGAAAUUGUUGCUAGCUCGAAGGAUUAUUUGCGAACUAGAUACUCGGUUCUCUGCUGGUAACGACAGAUCUCAUGGAGUGCAACAGUUCCUGCAUAUAUCUAUACCUUCAUGUUGUGAGUAACUAGUGCACUUUUACUUAAGGUCCUAGCUAUUUUCUCUUUUGACGUUUUCCCACCAUUGGAUUUGCUACCAAUGGGCUUAAUUUUCACCACUUUAUAAUAUCGUGGAACCAGUACAAACCUCCCCCUUUUAAAUUAUGAUUAGAGUUGACAGAAGUGUGUGAUAAUGCUGAGGAGACAUAUCGCUUAUACAACAUCCGUUUCUGAUCCUUGAUAGUCUCAAUGAAAUGCUGGGUCUUAAUUUAGAUGGUAGGAUGAUUCGCCAAUAAUCCGGAGGUCGCUGGUCCCAGUCCUAACACUUUCAAUUACUAUCCUCUCUAUUACCAGAAGAAGUUUGGUUGAAAAGUCUUCUAUAUUGAUCUUACUUUGUACUGAUCAUUCACCUUAUUCACGU